CAGCAAAAAACACCCCCAACGUACCUACUUGAAACCAAAACCUUCUCCAACAACAAACAAGAAAGCUACCCUAUAUGAGGGAAACUGGGGCAUAACCUAAACAUGACUUGCAACUGUUGUUGUUCUAUUUGACUCACAGUAUCUGCUACCGGUGCGGUUUAGAUUGGUGGGAUGGUGGGAUGGUGACUUUCUGCCAUGACAUACCGCCCACAGCCGGGCCAUAAAUGUAGCCUUGAGGGCUAUAUUCUUUCCUCAUUACUCCACCGACCUGACUUGCCAAUCACGGAAGCAAGAAUCCUAUCAAAAUGUCAACGCCAGAAGAUCCAGAACCCCUAUAUACUGUUAUAGUCAGGGUGCCAUUCCCCCGAGAUAACUUUGUGGAUCCUCCACCGGUUGCCUGGGAUGCAUCGAAAGAUAGGUCGCUGUGGAAGAUCCUCUCCAAGACACCCAAGAACAACGAGAUGAAUUGGAACACACUGGCUGAGAGUUAUGAUGUGUCUUUAUCGUUCCUACUCCAGCAAGCAGCAUACCUCUAUGACCGUCAAUUUUCCCAAGUUAGGGCCCAGCUUCGAAAGGUUGGCGCAUCAAAGAACAUGGUUCAAUCACCUAUACUGGGUACAGAAAGCACUGGUGGCGAGACCAUGGUAAGAACGGCAUCUGGCGGUAGCCAACAACAAACUCCAUCCUCUCUCUCGAUUCGGAGAGAUUCUCCUGCAGCAAAUGGAGACGGCAGCGUUCAACAACCCACCGGGCGGGCUGGUGCCCCCCAAAUAAGCCGCACAUCGUCAUCAAACACGGCAAUCCAGAUUCAAAGUCGACACACUAUCAUCCCCUCAAGCCCCCACACCGCGAAGGCCGAACUACAUGGCCGGUCCAUGUCACCUCUGUCAAGGGCACGGAGGCUGUCCAAUACAAUCAACACCGCACACCCGCAUGUUUCUUCACGCCCUACCCCACUUUCACCAACGUCUGUACUCGAGUCAGGUUCAGAAGGCUCCUCCUCAGACUCGGACCUCCCAGUUCAGAGUCGAAUGCUACGUCGUCCACCCCGUCGUCUCCACCACUCUGAAGAUGGCGAUGAUGACGAAGAUUCGCCUACAUUCCUCCCAUUUACCGCCACAACUAAACCUCCCGCCGCCUAUAACCCAAGCGCAACCGCUGCGCAAGAAAACGCGAUUGGAGGUUCACAUCGCAAGAAAAUAUCCGAUGCCGUGCUUCGGUCACAUACAUCUGAUUCUUCGGCCAGCUCGACCGCGCAGAACCAUCCGCCCAGCCAUAGAGAUGCGAAGCAGGUCCGGGGCUUGGCUGGCGCAAGUCCGAUUCCCGGUCGCAGAACCGCGGAACUAGCAGGGAGGAGUCCCGUAAGUACAGGCAAGGAACAGGGGAUGGGGAGAGAGAGCGAUGGGACACCAAGUAUGGGUAGUAGUUUCAGCGACCUUGAUGAUGCCUCCGUGACUCAAUCCGCGCUCGAAGAGGCGCUGCUCAGUAAUAUGCAGCACGGUGGCAUGGCAAGCAAGAUGAGCACUCUUAGUCAUGCAUUCCGCAGCAGGUAUCUGUAAUUAUAGUUUUUUGGUUAAGUAUUUCACAAGUGGACGGAUCACACAAGCGAGAGGAUGGAUCACUGAAC